AUGACGGUGUUCGGGCACCCCGGAGUGGGGUUCCGGGCCGGGAAGAUGAUGAUGGCCGCGCAGCAGGUGUUCCCGGUGGACUACGAAGCCGAGGUGUCGCAGCGGCUGGUGGAAGCUGUGAAGAGGGGGGAUAUGAGGGCGACAAAGGAGUGUCUGGCGGACCCCUUUGUGGAUGUCAACUACGCAGGCGCCGUUUCGCUCAAAGGCCGGCGGGCGGUGGUGGUGCUCCAUGAGGAGACGGCCGACGAGGUGAAGGUCGAGUACGAGGAACUCCGGACGGAUGUUUCUGCCCUCUUCCUCGCCGCCCACUCCGGCAAUCUCCAGCUCGCCCGGAAACUACUGGUAAGCCUUUCUCUCCGGAAAAGAUCAUUGAUCAUUGGUAGGAUGCCCUUCGAUUUUCGUAUGUUCCGAUUUUGGAUACCUCACACCACCAUAAGGGGGCAGCGGUUCUCUGCCGAUCUUCUCUUAAAUCGUUCCUUGCGGAUACCCUACAUGUCGGAAGCAGAUCGGGGUUCCUGCUUUUUUUUUUCUUAGUAUAGAUGUUAGUCCGUGCAGCUUCCCUACUGUGUGGCUAUUUUCUUAAGAAGUUUACUCUCCCCUCCCCUUGGUCUUCUUUCAUACCUAUGAGUUUGGUCAAAGCUCCUCCUGCUUGAAUGUUUAUCUGUCUGCAUAUCCUGAGGAUUUUUUUUUCUUGAAGCCGCGUCCUCUUUUUUUCCCUCCUCCAGGAAAGUCCGUGCACAUUUUAAUGAAUUUGUGUGGUGUUUUUUUUCCUCGUAAGGAUCUGGGCCUUGUCUGAUGAUCACUGCUUUUGCAUAUUAUGAGGAAAUUUAUCUUCCUCUUAAGUCGUAGUUUUUAACAACAGAUUUCUAGUCGUAACUAUAGAUUGUAAAACAGGGGAUUCCUUAGUUCUCCGGUCUGAACAAUCAGCUCAUGUUUGUUUCGCUGCAGCUUCUUUUCCCCCCCCUUGCUUAUAAGAUCAUGAUUUUCCGCUCUGGGUCUAUACAUUAUAACUCUCUCCGACAGCAAUCUGUCAUGUAUUAUGAUUUUGGUGACCCUUAAUGGUCAAUCUUCCCCUUUCAUAUUGAAUGAAUGCUUGUUAGGUUCUCGUCUCUAUCUUCGCAUUGAAAAUCACAUUUUAUGGGGAGUAUGAAAACCUCUGAUCUAUUAUUCUCUUGAUUCUCUCCCUUGUUCGGAAAUUUUCUGGUGGAAUUGAUUCCUUGUGGUCCUUUCUUCCCGUCCUCUGACCAUAUUCCUUCAAUGGCGAGUCAUGGCGGGGGUUGGGGACGGCUCGUGCAGUUAACACCAUCUCAUUCUCAUUUCAUUCUUGUCGAACAUAUUUCCUACCUUUACGUAUUACUCCGCUCGCCCCUGGACUCUUGCCUUUACCGGGGCUGGGUGCUUCCCCGGGAUCACAUCAGUCGCAUCAGUCGUCGUCGCGAUCCCGCUGUCAUUCGCGAAACAACAUUUCAACCGGCAUCUCCGUGCCGGGGAUGGCGGGCUUUUUGCCAUAUUACGGUGCCUUCUCUUGCCUCCAGCUAAAAAAAUCUUCUUGAUCAGUUAAUACGAUUAUGAAAGCAUCACUUUUUUGCAUCUUCUGAGAUAUGAUUACGUAAGGUUCCAGCUUGCCCUUGGUUUACGAUACAUUGAUUGAGAGCUGUUAACUCCUAGAUAGAGUCUAUAAUCUUAGAGAACGGUGGCGUACGCCGGCUCCUUUCUCCCCUGGUUCCGCCGGCCACAGGGCGAGCGUCGUCCAGAUCCUUUCCCCUCACCUGAUACCAAGAUCUCCUGUGUUUCUCUCCAUCUUCUCGGGCUCAUUCGUCUCCCCAUAGCUCUUUGUAAUCACCAUCUUCUUCUACUUGCAAACAGUCGAUUUUGGGUUCACUUCCGGGGCUCUGACGUGACCUCAUAGCCAGGGAAACAUUAUAUUUAAUGAGGUGACCGGCCGAUCCUGGAUUGGUGUUGGUCUCAGUUGGUCCACUCUCUCUAUGGCUACCUGUGACCACGAGCAAGACGAGACAACACUUCGUUACAUCAAAUGCGUGUCAAACUCGUCCUUAUUAUAUCAGAAAAACACUCUCAUGAGUCCUGUCUCUUGGUUAGCGUGGCCUCAGUACUGUAUGGGCGACACCACUGGGUUACUCUUUCUCUCAGCUACCUGCGUUGACAUGUCCUCAUUUGCCUGACCCGCUAUAGGGUCCCUGCUUUUGAAUAUCCCAUGAUGUCGUGAUCCUGGGCCCUCAUUUCCCUACAGGUGACCCAUCCCUAUCCAACCUCCCCCCGUCCUCUGCUCCCUCCCUAACUGGAUACCUUCUCACUGGCCAUUUCUUAGACUGUUUUCUAGCUGAUCAUCUAUCACAACGUGGAAUCUUCUCGGGUCAAAGUCCACGGUUGCACCUUCCCUCGCCCGACCCCCUCUUCCAGAAUAGCAUUUAUGUGGACUGUCGUACUCUACGUCUGUGACGCAGUCCACCCCCACUGAGUUAUUCUGCAUCUCCUUUUAUCCCACCCCUUUCUCUGGUACAGCCAUCCUCGUCCAUGUUACCAUCUGGUAGUAGAGCUAGGCGCACUCACGUGGCCUGUUUAUAUACCGUGCAAUGGUUUGUCCCCUCAGGAAUAGCGGUGGCUGGCAGACUGCACUCUAGUUAUUGUAGCGCGCACAGUGAUAUGACAUAAAUAUCAGAGAUUCAUAGAUCCAAGCCGUCUUCUUUGCUGGGUUUUCCUGGAAUUGUCGGCUUGUCCUGGUCAAGCCCGUCCAGGUCGUCCGAGUUGGUCUUUUCGGGAUCUGCGACUCAGCUCCUAUCGCCACAUGUGCAGCUGACCGGCCUCGUGUCUCCAUUCCCACCGUCGUUGCCUUGUCGGCAAAAAAAUUAUUUGCUGACAAUUUGCUUGUCUAUCUGGGAUCCGCCGCCGUCCUUUCGGUACCCAAGUGGCCGUGUGAAUGACUGCCCACCGGUGCCGAAUCUGAUCAGAUCGAGCCCUACCCCAUCUUGAACCCAUAUGAAUGUUGCCCAUGGCCUCCUCCCCAUCGUCGAUGCGUCUUUUCUCUGUCGCGACCGGUCCCUUCUUGCAUUAUUCGGACUCUGCCGCUGCUGGGCAUUUGGUGGAAUCUCCGGGACACCGAUGUUGCAUGGUCGAAUCACGUCUGGUUUCCUGGGAGCAUAAAUUCGUUGAUAAAUAGUACUUCAAUUUAUAAUGUCACUCAUCUGGUUUUCCCCGAACUGGUUCCCCCGCUGUGGCGGUCUUUCUUUUCUAACAGUUCUUGAUCAGUCAAAAUGGACGUGCAUAUUCUUCGCCUGACGCGUUAAAACCAAUGUAGAAUAAGGAAAGGAUGAACCAAUCCUUCGUUAUUGAUUCCUGGUUCUGCUUGGUUCAUCGGACAUUCUGAUCGACGGUGCUCUGGAACAGAAUGCGGGUGCGGACGUCAACCAGAUGCUGUUCCGAGGGUUUGCGUUGACGGCGGCCUCGAGGGAAGGGCUGACGGACAUGGUGGAGCUUCUCCUCAAGUCCGGGGCAUCACAGCCGGCGUGCGAGGAGGCGCUGCUGGAGGCAUGCUGCCACGGCCGGCCAAGGCUAGUCGAACUGCUCAUGGGGUCUGACUUGAUUAGGCAUCAGGUCGCCGUUCACGCGCUCGUGCUCGCAUGCUGCCGCGGCUUCGUCGACGUCGUCAACUCUCUCAUGAAGGUUCUCCACUCCUCCUUGCUCGUCCAUUCCGCCUUCCUGAAUGAGACAUUACUCCGUUUGUGGUGACUGACCUCCGCUCCGGAUCAUUUCUCCCUGCAGUGGGGGGUGGACGCGAACGCCACCGACCGAGUGCUGCUCCGCUCUGCCAAGCCGCCCCUCCACACCAAUGUCGACUGCCCGCCCCUCAUCGCCGCCGUCGUCAGCCGCCAGACCGCCGUCGUCCGGAAGCUAUUGGAGGUAGGUGGUACAACAGAACAGCACCGUCUUCUUCCUUCUAUUCCUGUCACUGCGUGCACUGACGGCGGCGCCGCUCUGUAAAGUCCGGCGUGGGGAGGAACGCUGAGGUGCGACUAGGAGGGUGGUCGUGGGACGCGGAGACCGGAGAGGAGCUCCGGGUCGGCGCGGGGCUCGCCGAGCCCUACGGCGUCGCCUGGUGCGCCGUGGAGUACUUCGAGUCCUCCGGGGCCAUCCUGCGGCUGCUGCUCCGGGACCAUCCUGCCGGCGCCGCCCUGCACAACGGCCGGGCCCUCCUCCACCACGCCAUCCUCUGCGCCAACCCCGCGGCCGUCGACGUGCUGCUGGAGUCGGGCGCGGAGCCCGAGUCGCCGGUCUGGACCAGCUCGAGACCCGCCUUCCGGCCGAUCCACAUGGCGGCGAGGUUAGGCCGGCCGGAGAUCUUGCUCCGCCUCGUCGGCGCAGGCUGCGACUUGAACUCGCGGACAGAUUCCGGCGACACAGCCUUGGUGUUGUCUGCCAAGCACCGGCAAGGGGAGUGCUUGCGAAUCCUCGCGGCGGCCGGCGCCGACUUCGGUCUCGUCAACUCUGCCGGCGUCAGCGCCGCCUCCGCCGCUGCCUCCGAUCAGUGGACCGCCGGCUUCCAGCAAUCGGUGCUCGCCGUUAUCCACUCGGGGAAGAUCCCCUGCUCCAGCGACCACUCGGUCUUCUCCCCCUUGUUGUUCGCGUCCCGGACCGGCGACGUCCGAGCCCUGCGGGCCAUUCUGAAUCAGCCAGAAGUCAACCUCGACGAGCAAGACGACGAGGGCCACACCGCCGUCAUGAUCGCGGCGAGAGAGGGCCACGUCGAGGCCUUCCGGUGCCUGGUCUUCGCCGGUGCGGACGUGAAGCUCUGCAACAACUCCGGCGAGACGGCCGUCACCCUCUACCAGCACAACAAGGAGAAGAGGGACUUCUUCGAGGAGGUGAUGCUUGAGUUCACCCUCGAGAAGGGCGCCGCUGGUGGGUUCUGCGCCUUGCACUGCGCGGCGCGCCGGGGGGACUACGCCGCCGCGCGUCUCCUGACCAGCCGCGGCUACAACGUCAACCUCCCCGACGGCGACGGCUAUACGCCGCUGAUGCUGGCGGCGAGGGAGGGGCACGGCCUGCUGUGCCAGCUCCUGAUCUCCGCGGGGGCACUCUGCGACGUCAAAACCAGCCGGGGCGAGACGGCGCUGUCGCUCGCCAGGCGGCACGAAGGAAACGGGGCGGAGGAGGUGAUCCUCGACGAGCUCUCCCGGGUCCUCGUGCUGGGCGGCGCGCCGGUUAAGAAGCACACCAAGUGCGGCCGGGGGUCUCCCCACGGGAAGGUGGUGAGGAUGGUGGCCGGCGAGGGCGUGCUGAGGUGGGGGAAGGGCAGUCGGCGGAGCGUGGUCUGCAGAGAAGCGACCGUGGGGGCGAGCCCGUCGUUCCUGCGUAAUCGUCGGGGGAAGGCGGACGCCGCAGAGCCCGGGAUCUUCAGGGUGGUGACGACCGGCGGCAGGGAGAUACACUUUGCGUGCGGGGCCGGCGGCGAAGAGGCAGCGCGGCUCUGGGUGAGGGGCAUCGGGCUCCUGUCGAGGGGCCCCGCUGGGGAAGAAGGUCGGGUCGGAAGGAGAAAAUAA